AGGUAUGAACUGUCUUAAAGAGCUCGAAGUGGUGAUCCCCGUGGCAGUACGCGUAGAAGACACUGUUACAUUACAGUGCAAAUACGACUUAGAAGGAGAUCAGUUAUACACAGUAAAAUGGUACAAGGGUAGCAGAGAAUUUUACAGAUUCGUCCCAAAAGAACUGCCCAACACCGUCAUAUUCCCGUUGCCAGGAAUCGACGUUGAUUUGAGCAAGAGCACCCCCAACGAGGUGGUUUUGAGGAACGUCCAGCCGGAAGUCAGCGGCAAGUACAAAUGCGAAGUUACGUCGGAUGCGCCCAACUUCUUCAUGAAACAGAAGACGGGGACUAUGUACGUUAUUGAUGCUCCCACAGAUGACCCUAGAUUGCAGGUGGAAAGAGAAUCUUCGGAUAAGGGAGAGACGAUCAAGGCCAAUUGUACCGCUCCUCCAGCAUAUCCUGGUACAAACAUUACGUGGUUUCUAAAUGGCAGAAAAAUUUCCGAAUCAUAUACGAAGUCGACCCCAUUAGAGGCUCACAAAACUGUCAGUCAAAGGAAAUUAUACAUAACCAGUUCAGGAAUAGAGUUGCAAAUUAACGAAGACACAUUUCAGUUAUCGGAAAAGAAUCUGAUUUCGACGCCUACCCAAGGCGGUCUAACGAGGUCGGUUAGUUUGGCAACCUCGUCUAUUCCAGACGAAGUUAAGUUAUUCGAGACGUAA